AUGGCUCGUAACCAGUCACUCUUUUCUUUUCUCCUUCUUACAUUCCUUUCUUCUGUUGUUUCUGCUCAGGAUAACUCCACCAACCCCGGAGAUGUAAACCCCGUUCCUCCCGUCGGCGAAAUCAAGACCGAAGAUCCCAUCUCCAGUCCUCUCACUGAGGGAUGUCCUCGACCAUGCAGCGAAGCAGGUGCUGAUCCCGUCAACUGGACACAGCUUCAUAGCUUGGAAGAGCUUGCUGGCUGUGAUCUCCCUAUGCUCUUCGCUCUCAACGUUGAGAACGACUACAGCGAUUCUGCUACUCUAUACACAUGUGUUACCUCCACUUCUACAACCACCCGUCGCGAGUUGGGAAGUCGUGUUGAGGCUCGUGCCGCUGAGACGUCUGUCUCCCUGUCUAGUAACUGUGGCGCUGAGAAGGCUACUGUGAAGACUUCUUCUGCCUUUGGCCGAAGCGGUGCUCUUCGAUCUGGAAAUGAUGUCGCUGCUGCUACUGGUCUUCUUGCUGAUUAUCUCGACAAUGGUGCCGUCUGUGGAACUACCAUCAUCUUCGCCAAGUCUGGUUCUUCUAUCGCUGGUCUUUAUGUCGGUGCUGAGGUUCAAAAGGGUAGUGCCUCAAGCAUCCUUCGUCAGUCCCAGUCCAGUCUCCAGAAGGGUGUUCAGGCAUUCCAGGUCUGCGAUGCCAGUGACAAGACUGCGCAGACUCUAGGUUUCUUCGCUGCCGAUGCUGUCACUGGUCUUGAAUCUGUCCAGGCCGCUGCCAGGACUUGGUCUAACGGCAAGUGCAUCAACAUCGCCGGAGCUUCCAAGUCGUCUAUCAACCUUGGAAUCCUCACCACCAACAUCGUCAAGGCCCGCAGCGUCGAACUUCAGUCUCGUUUCGCCGGUGUUGACAACCUCCUUGCUCCUCGCGCUGACUGCCGAGCCAUUCAAGUUGUUUCCGGUGACAGCUGUGCUUCUCUAGCCAAGAAGUGCAAGGUCUCUACCACCAACUUCAACAAGUAUAACAAUAAGAAGAACUUCUGUUCCACCCUUGCCCCCAAGCAGUGGGUUUGCUGCAGUGCUGGUACCCUUCCUGACAAGACCCCCCAGCCCUCCAAGGACGGAACUUGCUUCAUCUACAAGAUCAAGUCUGGUGAUGGUUGCUACUCUCUGGGUGUCAACUUUGGCAUCACUCAAAAGUUCAUCGAGGAUGUCAACAAGAACACUUGGGGCUUCAACGGCUGCACUCGUCUUCAGCUCGGUCAACCUAUUUGUCUCAGCAAGGGAAAGAACCCUAUGCCUAUGGCCAUCGCUGGUGCCGUCUGCGGUCCUCAGAAGCCCGGUUCCAAGAAGCCUUCUAGUGCCAAGACUGGCUGGGACCUCGCUGGCAUGAACCCCUGCCCUCUCAACGCCUGCUGCUCUGGCUAUGGUUUCUGCGGUAUCACUUCUGACUUCUGCACAAACACCACUGCCAAGGGUGCCCCGCCUGGUACCAGCCAAGUCAACACCCCUGGCUGCAUCGGUAACUGCGGGACCAACAUCGUCGGCAACACCAAGAAGCCUGCCAAGUUCCUUAACGUCGGAUACUUCCAGGGAUACAACCUUGGCCGACCUUGCCUGAACAUGGACGUCACCAAGCUUCCUCAGCUUACGACCGCCUACACACACAUCCACUUUGCCUUUGCCGGCUUGACAAGCGACUUUUCAGUCCUUAUCGAGCCCGCUACCCGUGAGCAAUUCAUCAAGUUCAAGGAGGUCAAGGGAAGCUGGAAGAAGAUCAUCUCCUUCGGAGGCUGGGCCGGCUCUACCGAUGCCUCGUCCUUCCAGAUCUACCGUGACGCCAUCAAGCCCGCCAACCGUAACAAGUUUGCGUACAAUGUCAUGACUGUCCUCAACAACCACAAGCUUGAUGGUGUUGACUUCGACUGGGAGUACCCUGGCUCUGCUAGUUCUGAUGGAUCUUCAACUGACACUGCCAACUAUGUCGAGUUCCUCAAGAUCAUGAGAUCCAAGAUUGGCAAGAGUGGAAAGACCAUGUCUGUUGCUCUUCCUGCUGCGUACUGGUACCUGAAGCCUUUCCCUGUCACUCAGAUUGCACCUCUUGUUGAUUACAUGGUCUACAUGACUUAUGAUCUUCACGGUCAAUGGGACUACGGCAACCCCACCAUCAACUCUGGCUGCCCCAACGGCAACUGUCUCCGCUCCCACGUCAACAAGACCGAGACUCUCGACUCUCUCGCCAUGAUCACCAAGGCCGGUGUUGACCCCGCAAAGGUUGUCGUCGGAAUUUCCAGCUACGGCCGUAGCUUCCGCAUGAAGGACCCCAAGUGCACUGGCGUAACAUGCCAGUUCACCGGCAGCUUCAGCGUCUCCGAAGCCGAGCCCGGUGUCUGCACUGGCGAACCCGGUUACCUCUCCGAUGCUGAAAUCCGUCUUAUUGAGUACGAUGCCAAGAAGGGCAAGGCUGGUGUCACUGCAAAGACCUGGUACGACAAGGCCUCUGACUCUGAUAUCAUGACGUAUGGAACAAAGGGCAAGGGUAUGACUGAUUGGGUUGCCUAUAUGGGUCCCACGACCAAGCUCAAGCGUACUCAGUGGGCUCAGGGACUCAACUUUGGUGGUGUUGUUGACUGGGCUGUUGAUCUGGAGACAUGGUUCUCUGAGAAGCCUUGA